AUGUCCGCGCCCAACUGGCACCGCAGCGACAAUCCGGCGGUCUACAACGCCAACGCCUCGUUUGUCUACUCGGCCGCGGCCACGGCGCCCGUGCUUGCGCUGCUCGGCCUGCAAGCCGGCGAGCGCAUCCUCGACCUCGGCUGCGGCAGCGGCGAGCUGACGGCGCAGCUGGCCGCCGAACUGGCGCCGAGCGGCGGCAGCGUCGUGGCGGUGGAUGUGGCGCAGAGCAUGCUGGAUGCGGCCAAGCGGUUUGAGACGGACAACAUCAGGUGGCACUGCGUCGAUGGACAACAGCUCGAGCCGUGGCUCGACGCACAGGGCGAGCGCGAGGCGUUUGAUCGCGUGUUCUCCAAUGCUGCGGUGAACGACCACGAGCCGUUGCGCUUGCCGAUGCUCGCUGAUCACUCGGCUCCGCAGAUGCACUGGAUGAACCGGGACCCCGCGGCCGUGGCGCGUGGCGUCUUUGCGGCGCUCAAGAGCGACGGCACCUUCGCAGCCGAGCUCGGCGGCUUUGGCUGCGCCACGGGCGUGCGCGGCGGCAUGCAUGCUGCGCUGCGGCGCCGAGGUGUGGAUCCGACACUGCAUGAUCCGUGGUACUACCCGACGGACCAUGCCUAUGCCGAGAUCCUGCGCGCCGCAGGCUUCACCAUCGACUCCAUCGCCCUCGUGCCGCGCCCGACCAAGGUGCCGUCGGGCGUGCGCGGCUGGCUGAAGACGUUCGGCGGGCCCUUCCUGGCGCCGCUCGCCGACGACGCAGAGCGCGAAGCCGUGGUCGCUGAGGUCGAGGAGCUGCUGCGCCCCGACUCGUACGACGCGGACAGGGACGAGUGGACGGUCAUGUACAUGCGCCUGCGCUUCCGCGCCACGAAGCCGUGA